AGGGGAGCAAAAAUAAUAAAAAAACAACAACUUGAGCAAUCAUCAGAUCGUGAUCGUUGUUAUACUUCGCAACAUCAUUUACUGUGAGAUGUAGAUUAAGAAAAUCACCUUGAGUAAUACCAAUACAGGAAAAUGUCUUUAGGUGUAGAAGUCCCUGUCAAAAGCGUCUAUCACAUUCCUCCACAGCAGAGCCCCACCAAUGGCAUCGCUCCUGCUGUCACCCUCACUGUCAGGCUCAUCAUGCAGGGAAAGGAAGUGGGAAGCAUCAUUGGAAAAAAAGGAGAUAACAUAAAAAAAUUCCGGGAAGAAAGUGGAGCCAAAAUCAACAUAUCAGAUGGCUCUUCCCCCGAAAGAAUUGUCACUGUGACCGGCUCCACAGAAUCCAUUCUGAAAGCUUUCUCCCUGGUUGCUCAAAAAUUUGAAGAUGACCUUCAGGCAAGUGUGACAGGCACCAAUGUGCCAAAACCACCUGUCACAUUACGGCUGAUUGUACCAGCCAGCCAGUGUGGAUCCUUAAUUGGAAAAGGAGGCUCUAAGAUCAAAGACAUACGAGAGGCUACUGGUGCAUCAAUUCAAGUGGCUAGUGACAUGCUGCCCAACUCAACAGAACGUGCCGUCACCCUUUCUGGUACUGCAGAUGCCCUCACACGUUGCAUCUACCAGAUAUGUUGUGUUAUGAUGGAGUCUCCUCCAAAAGGUGCCACCAUCCCUUAUCGACCAAAGCAAGCAGUACUACCAUUACUGUUUCCAGGUACCCAGGCGUAUGCAGCAUUGCCUGGACAGUAUGCUGUACCACACCCAGACCUGAGCAAGCUGCAGCAACUGGCAACCCUACAGCAUGCCUCCACCGCACCCCUCCUGCCCGGCCACACUCCACCAUCGCCUCAAGUGUGGGCUUCUUUAGCAGCUGCAAACAAUGUUCGCAACUUGAAUCGUGCCCUUUCACCCACUACAACUGCUGAAAUGAGCAUUUCCAAUGAUCUCAUUGGUUGCAUCAUUGGAAAAGGAGGAGCCAAGAUAAAUGAAAUAAGACAAAUGUCAGGUGCGGUUGUCAAAGUUUCGAAUACAGAAGAAGGAUCUAAAGAGAGAACCAUUACCAUCACAGGCACACCAGCUGCAGUUAAUUGUGCGCAGUAUCUUAUCAAUGCAAGCAUUGAGCGACACAAGGCACUGGAUCCAAAAUCAUGCCCCACACCUGUGAGCUUUGCCCCUCCCAUUAACCCAUUGGCUGCAGCUUCUCUCGUGAAGACUACACCAGCUUUGGGUCUGAGCCCCACCUUCUUGCGUGGUGCCCUUUUUGCUGCCAACCUCAAGCAGUUCCAGGCUAAAAGCUUGCCCUACAAGCUGCUCAAGAAAGACAACAAGUUCUCGCCCUACUGAGAUGGGGAAUUUGGAAUGCGCAAUGGGUUCUGAGUAUAUAUGAGUAGAAUGGAGAAAAUGUAGAAAUCGUACUUUUUUAAGACAGAUUUAAUGAAUCAGAAUUGCAAAUUCAGUAGCAUGUCUGGUUUUAAAUGUACAAAUUUGAAAACAACUGUGAUUUUAAAUCAACUUGCUUCAGAAGUGAGGGUGGUAAUAUCACUAUCAUAAACAUAAAAAAAUUAAUUCCAGAAUAUGAUUUAUUUUUUUAAGUUUUUAUUAUAAAUUUAAUUUAAAAUUCUAAAUUGUCAUUAGUGGACAAGGAUGUCUGAAAAUCAGACAAGAGCUUUAACAUGAUUUUAUACAUCUAUCAUAUUUAUAGAUCAACUGAUGUGAUACAAAUAGAAUGAAUUAAAUGUGGAUUAUAGAUUUUAUUAAAUUAUUUAUCCUUGUGAAAUUUUGCUGGGGUAAUUAAGAUAUAGCUUGUUUUCCCAUAUGUAAAGAAAAGGAAUUUCUAAGAAUAUUGGAAUUUUUAAUUCACUUGAAAUUAAAAUGUGAAAAACCCAAGAACCAUCUUUAUUAUUACUUUUUUUUUUUUUUUUUUUGCUCCUAUUCAGAUGCAUUAAAGAUUUUAAAUCUAGAACAGUCAUUUGUAAAUGGAAUAACAUACAAAUUUAGAAGCUUGUUUCUAAAUUGCUUCUUAUUUUUUGUUAAUUUCUUUUAUUUCAAUUCUUUUGAAAUAUGACCUAUUUUGUAAUUAUAAGUAUAUAAUUUUAAUGAUUUCUAAAACCAUUUUUAAAAUGAAUAUUUUAAAAAUUUUCUAUGGGCAUUAUUCUUUGAGUACAAAUAAUUUAUUGUGAGAACUUAUUUCAUAGUUUUCAUCGAAGGAGUAUGUUAUGUUAUUGCAAAGUAUUAAACUUAUUUGCUGGCAUUUCGGAAUCCAUUGCGUAUCUCAAAGACAGGAAUUUCAAUUCCUGCCUCUUUGCCGAUUCAAAGUCCGAGAGCUCGUGAGUACUUAAGACACUCGAGACCAAAAGACUUCGUAACGAGAAAGACGUAAAAAGCCCUUUCUUAGAUUUGUUGUGUUUUUUCUAAAGACUUAUAUAUGUGGAAUGUUUCUGGAAGAGAAACCACAGUCAAAUCUCCGAGAGAGCCAUUAUUUGUGUGUCCUAGUCAGAACUAUUGCACUUACUUGUGUUAUGCACCUCAAAAACAGCCUUGGUGAUACAAGGUAUAUGUAUGGUCUUUUUAGUGUGCAAUUUUUCUUAUUCUACCUCUUAUUCUUGGAAACUGAACCCUUUAAUUUAAUCUUAAAAAUUCAUUAAAUGAUGCUGUCUUGGGGGAAUGUGUAUGUCAGCUUCCCAAUAUUAUACUCGCUAUUUAAUGUAUGUAGUUUAGAAGAUGUUUUCAAAUUACAUGUGAUAUAUAUGUAUGUAUGUGUUUGAAGAAAGUUUUUGCAUUGAAGAUGAAUAGUAUAGAGUUGUAAAUCAUCUUCAUUUCCAUACAGCUAUAUAUAUAUAAUCUCGCAAUUUGCUUGCUUUGUUUAUGUUUGUUGAAUUAAGUGCAAAAAAAGGAUUCACCAAUUAACAAUUUCAAUAGAAAAAUGAGAAUAUUGUUUAGGGAAUGCUAUUUCUAGAGUUCAGAAAGAAGUUAGCAAAACUCUUUGAGUCAAGCAAAUGUGCUUUCAGAUAGUAACAACCAAAAAAUUUUGAAGUGAAUUUAAUUAAAAAAAAUUUAAUAGUUAUUCAGGCACUUAUAUAAAUCACAUGUAUAUGACAAAGUUCUGCUGUAAGCUGCAGAUUAUGUGAUACAUGAUAGUUAUUAUGGUUUUAAAUAUUAUUUACAGAAUGUGAUCAUGAAUACAGAAAUAUUUGUGUGUAUUCACUCUCUUAAAUCUCAAAAAUGAAUUUAACUGCAUUCUAGCUACAAAUCAUCCAGUUUGUUUUUCAAUGAAUGCAAAUUUAAAAAGACUUUGUGGUAGUAAAUCUAGAAUAAAUAGAAAAAUUCUGUACUUGGUUUAUACAUCAGUAUUUAUUUUGCAAUAAUUAUAUUUUCAUAUUAUAUAUGGAAUUUAAGUUAUGCUAUGAUGUGUUCAGAUUAAAUAUGAAAUUCAUAUUGAUAAAGACUGAUUUUUAAUGGCAAAGUAAGAAGACUGAUUUUAAUAUUUAAUAUGUUUCAACCUAUACUAUCCCUUCCCCCCUCUUUAUAAAUGUUGCUUUUUAUUAUAUGUAUUUUCCUUAAAAUGGAAGUAAUUGUAAUGAACUCUUCAUGUUGGUUAUUGUUUAAAAUGUUAGUUGCAAAGAACCAAAUAAAAUAAUUGUUUUAAUAGAAAAUUCUGGGAAAAAGUGUGUAUUCACAACUUUUAAUUUUGUAUGUGUGUUUAAAUUUUUUAAAAAUAUUUAAUUAUUAAUAUUUAUGUUGCCUUUAUUUUUGGUAAUAGUAAUUUUUGUACUGUUAGAAUAAAAUAUAGUACAAAAUGAUAUUUUCUUGCUUUUUUUUUCCUUGUUAACAUACCUGUAUUUCUUAAAGGGUUCAAUUUCCAAUUUUUUUUCGUAAUUAAUGUGAAUUACCAAAAUGUAAUCUUGUAUGUUUUCAAUUAGAAUGUUUUUUCUAACUAUGUAUUUCGGAUUCGACAUAUCAUUCUGGAAUACCCUUUUGAAACAGAUGCAAAUUUCGGCACCAUUUCUUUGGUGAUUUCUGUUUUACAUAUCAUUCUUUAAACCUCUCAAAAUCGGAUACAAAUUGUAGUGCCAUUCAACUUAAUGUGAAACUAUGUUGGUGGACCAACCUUUUUCAUUAUAUGUUUUAUUAGAUGAUAUUUUGAACAGGCUGUUUGGAGAAACUUAUGACAAAAAAAAAAGGUAUUUUCCUAUUUACUUCAAAAUGCAAAACUUAUUAGAUUUUAUUGUAGAAGUGCAUGUUUUUUGCUCAAGUGCAAUGUGAUGUUUUUAAGUGUUUUCCAAUUAUCUGUGUGCAAUGUAGUGUAAUUUUCUAUUCUAAAAAUUUUAGCUUCAUCUUAUACACUGCUAUUAUAUCUUUUAAUGUGCCCAAAAUUGGAAAGUAAUUUUCAGUUUGGGAUAUUUGAAUUGUGUAUAAAUAUAUUAUAUAACAUCAAAUAAUUAUAAAGUUUCAAAAGUUACAUGACGAUUAAUGGGUUAAAACCCUUCAUUGUUAUGAUUUUUUUUUAUUUUUAUUUUUUUUUUAUUCUGAAUUCAUUGUGUGAAAUUGACUAAAGUACUGUGCACUUUUUACAGAACAACCACUUGAAAAUGCAGCUACACUAUUAAAUCAUUGUUGUGGAAUUUGGUAGCUAUAGGUAUUUUAAAUAAUAAUAUUUAUCAUUACAGAAUUGUUCUGUAAGGGAUCUAGUAUAUUUUUGUUGAGAAAAUUUAUAUUCAGUCAUUAUAUUGGACAUUUUAGCUUCGAUUUAUGAAAAUUUGAUGGAAGAACAAAUGUUUUUUCCUUAACUGAAAGAAUCUUAAGAAAUUGCUCAAUUUUAUGAAAAUUUUGAAGUGGCAUGUGCAAAAAUUAUAGAAUUUGUCAUUCAUAUUUGUCACUUUUUUUUAAUGGUAAAAAGAAUUAAGUUGUAGUUGGCUUAUGGUUUAUGCAUGAUGCAAAAAAUAAUUAUAUUUCUGUUUACAGUGUGGCUAUAAUUAAAAUUUAUGAAAGUAGCACACAUUUUUGGGGGGAACUUGGCAUUAUUUUUAUUCGGAAUAUACUUAGAAACAAAGAUAUUAAUUGGGAUAAAUUUUAAUAAAAUAUGAUGCUUCAAAAAUAACGACCUUGUCAAAUAAUUAUUUAUUCCAUCUUAUGGUGCUAUUGUCACAAUUAAUAGCAAUGAAACUCGAAUUCAGUUUUUAAUAGUUUAUUUUAUACAAGUAAACAGAAAAACUGCAUAAACUUCACUGUUUUUAUUUUUCCAUUCAGUUAGGUACGAAAUAAAAGUCUGUUACCAGUUAUAAGCUUAAAAUUUUUUUUCAUCCUGUGUACAUUGUCAACUGCCACUAUGAUUCUGUCUAAAAACCAUGGUGGUAAGCCUCCUCUUGAACCAAAAUAUCAUGUAUCUUAUUAAGGUUUUAAAAAAAUGGUGUUGAAUGACAUAUUCUACUAUAUAUAUCUUUGAUUCUAUUAUUUUCAACUUAUUAGGUGGUACUGCACGCCUCAUAGCAAUAAUCUUCAAUGCGAAGAUUUUUACACUUGUUGAAAAAAAAAAAGAGAGAGAGAGAGAGAAAGAUAAUCUAAAAAUUAGCCAGCAUAUGCAUUUGAUGUCACUUUAAACUCUAUUUUCAUAGGAAAUGUAGCUACUUGUUAUUUACUUUUUUUAAAACAUUAUUUGUACUUAACUUCAGAAUUUUACCGUCUGCAGCUUGGUUCUCGUAUCUAACUAAUUUUAAUGAAUGUUGAAUAUAACUUAUUUGAUUAGACUUUCAAGUUAAAACAAUAAUUUACUAGACUAAUAUUAUGUAAUUCUUCAUUGUUAGAUAUGUAAGAUUGUUAGUUGAUUUUCGUGUAUUCAUUUUUUGAAACGUUUUGUCUUUCACUAUAGACAUCUUUGGUCAGUCGUAUUAUACAUUUUAUUUAGUUCAUCAUUCACACAAAUUAUAUAUUUUUAAAAAAUAUGCCAUGUAAUUAUGUAUUUUUAUGUGAAAAUAUAUCAUGAAUUUUUUGGAGUUAAAAUUACUUGACAAAUUUUUAUGUAUAUUCAUUUGUGCGUUUUGAUUUAAUCAGGUUUAAAUUUGUUCUAAAUGAAUGUUUAUCUGUACAAAAUGUAAUUAUUGUUAUUAAUUUUCUUUUAAAUUCUUUAAUAUUUAAUUUAUUUGUAAAGAAUUUAAUUCAUUGUUUAUCCAAGGCAUAUAAUCGUAGGUAGAAUUUUAGUCAUAUUGUUUUCUGAAAGGUAUGCAAGUAAUUUAUUAUUAUCACUGUUCAUAUAGUAAUGCUUAAGACGUUAUAAGAAUAAGAAGAUAAAUUUUUAAACUAUGAUGAAAUUAUUUCCUUCACAACAAUUUUAUUGUCAUGAAAAUUUAUCUUAGUUUUAUAAAUCAUUUUGAUAAUAUAGGGAAUUAUUUUUUUAAUUUUCAAAAAAAAAACCUUUCUAAUUGGGAAAAAAAAUGACUUUCGGAUCCUUUAUAUUUAGUUAAUUUAUAUAUAAAAAAAGUAUGUUGUACAGGAUGCUCAAAAAAUAAACUAAAUGUGAAUAAUCUUAUUCAGACGUCAGUAAAACCCAAUUUCAAGAUAUUUGUCACUGUGGAGUUUCCAUUAAAAUGAAAGACUGAAAUCCAGAAUGUAAUAUAUUGAGAUAGAACAUUUAACACAUUGCUAUAAAGAAUUUAAUAAUUGAUCUCCUUUUCUGAAGAGUGUUCUAUAAAUUUUCUCUUUGCAUACCUUUGUUUCAAUGCUUCAAAAAUCAGUUUUGUAAAAUGGGUUCAAAUAUUGUUGUAUUUGGAAAAAAAUAUUAUGUAUUUGAUUGAUUGUUUUUCUGAAUAUUUAAAAUUACUUUCUAUUAAGUGUUUUAUGAGUAUUUUUAGUCCUGUUGAGAACAUCUGUGAGAGAAUUUUUUUUUUUACUUUAGAUGAGCACUUGAAAUGUAAUGUUAUGAUGAAUGAAAGAGCUUGAUUGUUUUAAGGUGUAUAAGGGGAAAAAAAUUAUCUAUUCAGAAAUUACUUUAAAUUAAUUCACAGAGGAAAAUUGUCUUCCAAAAUUUAAAGGAAUAGUGUUAAAAAAAGUAUUCUCUGCACAGAUUUACUCAACUUGCAUUUGUUAUAGAAUAUAUAGUUAUAGUUGAUUUUGUUUUGAUUUGUUGUUCUUAUACUCAAAGGCAGCUUUCGUCAUUUUUUUUGCAGUUUCACUAUUUAUGAAAGAAAGUUUGACAUUCUUUCCUCUGCAAUUUUUUUAAUAUUUUUAACAAGACUAAUGUUAUUUCUCAAGAAAUUUAUUCCUGUUUGUUUAAUUCAAAGCUUACUGAAGCAGCUUUUUCAUCACUUUGAUAGGUUGGGAUCUUUUCUUUUGCUAUUUUUUUUAAUAAUAUCUGAGCAAUGGGCUUUUUUUUUUUUUUUUUUUUUAAACUGAGCAUUCAAAAUUAAGAAUUUUUUUCAAAAUACGUAACAAGUAAUAUUCUGAAAAGAAAAAGAAAAAAAAAAAUGCUUUUAAGAAUUAAUUGAAUCUUUUAUCUUGUUGCAUGCAAACAAAAACGGUAGACUUAUCAUCAUAUUCCUUUGUUAACUAAUUUGGAACUAUUUUCCUUCUUUAAUAAAAACAGGAAGAUAUUUUUGAUAAUAAAUGAGUUAGUGCUCAUGCAUAAAGGUAACAGAUGUUCAUUUCUUUUCCAUUAAAAAAAAAAUAUCCUGGAAAUUAUGAAAUGCAUAUUUGCAGCAGUUUUAAACUUUAAUUUUAUAAUAUUGUGUUGUCUUUUUUAUUGAAUAAUCUUGUCUAUUAAUGAAAAGAAUGGCGGGUCAGAUAGCAGAACAAUAUAAUGAUUUAUAAUGUGAAAAUUGUUUCUAUACACUGCAAUUCAAUUAAUUGUUUUGAAUCUUGAUUGCAGGUCAAGUGUUUGCAUUUUGUCAAAUAUUAUUUUUAUUUUAUAAAAUAGGUAGAUAAUAUUCAAAUUGAUUUCAGAUUAUGGUUUACCCUUCGAAAAGUGUUUAAAAGUUAUUUUCUUCUGCUCUCAUGCAUAAAUUUCUUAAUUAUUCUGCUUUUAUAUUUAAAAAAAAUAAUUUUUUAAUAUUGCACAGCCUAAUCUGUACAUAUUGGCAAAGUUUCAUCUUUAGUGUCGCAGGGUUCCUGGUCAAAAACCAAUUUCAAUCAUUCAUAUAUGCUAAUUAAAUAUACAUUUAAUAUGAUGUGGGUUAAACGUCUUUCUGCUGUUGUAGUGCAAAAUUUGGAGUGCUAUCUUGAAUGUUGUUCCCAUCAUUUGACUGCAGUGCAAAUUUAUGAUGUACGUAUUAAAAUAGUGUUUGUGUUUCUUCAAUAUUUCUUCUUUAUUAUUUUUUUAAAUUAAAAUAAUUAGAUUCUGUCUAUUUGAAAAAAUGUCUCUGUAAUGUUUCUAAACAGUAUACGUUCAAUUCAAAUAUAAGAAUACCCCCCCCCCUUCCUUCUUGAAAAACUUGUUAUGUGUGCGAGUUCAUUAACUUCAAUAAUGGCUAACCAAGAAUUGUUUAAAAUUGUGCUUAAAGUAUUCAAAUUGUGUCCAAACAAAUCGCCAUUUAGUUUCAGCAAAGAUGAAGUCGGUUCACAUGACAAAACAUAGAUAUUAAUAUCACAUAAUUUCUAAUUGCACAUUGUUUUACAUAUGAUGGGACAUGACAUAUUUCCUCAUACAAAAUAUGUAAUUUGGAACCACACAUUUGACAGGCAUCACUUGAUCACAAAUUGAUUGUUAUACUACACAAGUUAUAGGUAAAAGCUGAUGUUGUGCCAAAAACAUUGACAAAAGCUGCCUUUGAUAGUUAUAUAUUAUAUUGUAUUAUUUUAGUCCAUUGUCAUUACCAAAGCACAUUUGUACACCAGAAAUCAUCUUUGUUUUAUUUUAGUCAAGUUAUUUUGUUAAUUUUUUUCUAUGACUGAAUAUCUAUUAUUGUGUUAUAGGUUGCUUUCUAUGAUUCUGUUUCCUCCUUAUCAAUUUUCAAAGAAUGUUGGUAAACCUAUUCAGAAAAAUGAUGUGUAAAAAAAAAAAAAAAAAGAAAUGUAACAUUUUAGUCAGUCGGUCCCUGGCGUCAAAAAUGUCCUUCCUUCUUUUAGAAUGUUUUUACACAAAUUGUGAGUGUUGAGCUAUUUUAAUUGUCAGCAUUCGAAGUCUUGUGCACACAACUCGGUUGCUAUUGAAAUGUAGCACCUCUACCCUUCCCUGAUUCAAACGAAACACACAACAAAGAAAAAAGUAUUCUGCAAUUUUGUACUUUAUAUAGUUUAAAUUUGAUUCAAUUAAUCUAUUUCAGGUUCAUAAUAUAGCUUCUUUAGCUGAGUAACCAUCCUUUUUUUUUUUUUUGUCAUUUAUUUAAUUAUACUUGUCAAAUAAUUGACAUUUGGUAAUAAAUUGGGAAUUUGAAUUCGGCUGCGAUUUGCCACUGUCCCCAUGUUUUUCCUUAAUGAGUGUCCCUGAUUAUCAGUUGAUGACGAUAUUUUAUUGGGAUUUACCUGGCCACUUUUUUUGACUGCCAGUACAAAUGCAAUUUUAUAUAAAAUUUUCAAAAUCACUAACUAAAACCUGUGGCAAGAAUGUUAAUGAAAAUUAAUCAAAUGAUACGAAGAUACGGGUUUUUUUAAAGUUGUAUUUUAAAAUAAUUUAAUGCUUUAGAAAAUCUAAUUAUUAGAAAAAGAAUUGAAAUAGGGAGUAUCAAACUAAUUACUAAAAAUAAAAUGGAUAUUUGGAAUUCGAUUCACUAUUGAGAAUACAAAAUUUAUCCAUUGAAGAAAAAUCGAAAAAUAUUUAAGAAGCCAAAUUAAUUUUGUCGUUUUUCCAGAAAAAAAUUUUGAAUUUUAACUAAAAUUAGAAUAUGUGCGCAAUUGUUUUCGAUAUUAAGAGAAAACCCAUUUCUGUUGCUUUUUAUUUAAUGAACGAAUAGUAAAAAAAAUUUUGUUCUCGUAUUUAUUUUUAAAAUUUCAAAAGAAGAAAGAAAAAGGCAGGUGAUUAAAUCCAUUUAAACUUUUUAGAAGAUUUCGCUGUUUUGAGUACAAGACGUUUACCAUGAUAAGAUAUAUACAUAAAUUCGUUUAUGGAUGUGUUGGGUAGUUAAAAUGAAAACCAUUUCACGCAUUUCUUUUUAAAAUUCCAUGGCUCCUUUUUAAUAUAAAAAAAUAUAUAUUGUUAAUUUGUUGACAUUAUUUCUUUUGUAGGCUAUCCUUCUUCUGGCUCAGAAUAUUAAGAUGUUUGUAUGUAAUUAUAUUGUCUUUGGUUAAGCGUCAUGUAGUUUUUUCUAAAAUUAUUACCUUGUAAUGAAGUUGGAAGAUAAAUGAAGACCUCUUUUGUAACAAAUAACUUAGUAAACAUUUCAUGAUUAAUUAAAAUCUUAAUUAUUCAAAUUAAAUUAUAAUAGAUAAACAUUAAAUAUAGUAAUCGUUUGGCUAAAUGAGGUGAAGUGACCGUUGGAUGUGUCCGACGUUCUGUGCACAGGUGCUUCGAUAUGCCGGUUCUGAAGAAACAUAUCAGUGAGGAGCUGAACAAAGUGUCAUAGUUUCUAGAGAGAUUUUUCACAGUCUUGUCAUUGUAUUUUAAUAUGCAAAGAUGUUUCAAUAAAAGAGUUAUUAUACACAG